AUUGAUAGAUGUCAAUUGUCAAAUUACGUGGCUUUCACAAAUCACGUAGGGAAAACAAGCUUAUGUUAGCCUUAUAUUAAACAAAAACAUUAUUUUAGGCAAAUUAUAGUCCAAAUAACAAAAAUGAAAAGUUCGUGGAGAACCUUCAGUUUCGCUAUACUGUUUGCAGCGUCGUUACUAAACACAGCGCACAGCUAUACUAUCACAGUCGACGCGCAUGCCGAAGAAUGCUUUUUCGAAAAUGUUGAGGCAGAUACGAAAAUGGGUCUGACAUUUGAGAUAGCUGAGGGUGGUUUCCUGGAUAUUGAUGUGACAAUCACGGGUCCCGAUGGAGCCGUCAUUUACAAGGGAGAGAGGGAGUCUUCCGGAAUGUACACAUUCUCAGCUCCUACGGCUGGCAGAUAUACAUACUGUUUCAGUAAUAAAAUGUCUACUAUGACACCAAAGGUGGUAAUGUUCAACCUUGAAGUAGGAGCUGCACCUCAGGCCCAGACCGGCAACAAAGAGGAAGAAGUGAACCACAACAAGUUAGAAGACAUGAUCAAAGAGCUCGGCACCACACUUAAGACUGUUAAACAUGAUCAAGAGUAUAUGCAGGUACGUGACCGCAUUCACCGCGCGAUCAACGAGAGCACAAACUCACGUGUAGUCAUGUGGUCGAUCUUCGAGGCCUCCGUACUCCUCGUCAUGACCCUCGGCCAGGUCUACUACCUCAAGAGGUUCUUCGAAGUCCAACGCGUUGUGUAACAGCGUCCGUCUUCCAUGUACCCACAUAUUUCUACACAAAUAUGUAUGUACAACCUAAAGGAUGUAUUUCGUCAUAAGGUAUUUUUAUCAAGCACUUAAUGAAACUACGCUUAUGAAAAUACAUCCUUGUAUUAUAAAUCUCGCUCCCGUUAAAGUCAGAAGAAUAGAAUUAUUAAAUGUAAAGGAAUUAAAUAAUUAUUUAUUGAAUUUUCAUCACAAUAUGCUUCACCUGUACAAACAAUACAUGCUCAUAGUUUCGCCAGCUGUUAUAAGCUUAAGUAGGUACUAAGGACUACAGGCGCCAUCUAUGUUUAAAGCGGGGAGCGAGAAGUAUGGAUUCUUUGCGAUCUGAAGUGUGUCUGGGUCAGUGUGCAGUGUUUGUUACACAGUUUGAUGACUAAAUAAAUUAAUAUUGUUUGUA